ACAACAAUGAUUGUUCAUCAAAUCUGAAUCUGACAGUCGUACAAUGAGUUUUUCAAACAAAGUUGUGAUCGUGACCGGUGCUAGUUCAGGCAUAGGAGCUUCUACAGGAGUGCUGUUCAGCCACAGAGGAGCUAAUGUAGUGCUGGUCGGCAGGAACGAGAAAAAAUUGAAAAACGUCGCUGAGAAAUGCUCCAAAGGAGGCAUUGCUCCACUAGUAGUGGUCGCAGACGUCGGCAAAGAUAAUGACGCUGAACGGAUUGUCCAAGAAACAAUCAAGAAAUACGGGAAACUGGAUGUCCUUGUCAACAACGCUGGAGUCGCUGUCUACGGGAAUAUACUCAAUGGAGAUUUAGUAAAAGCUUAUGAUGAAACCAUGCAGGUGAAUAUACGAGCUGUUGUUAAACUGACAACUCUUGCUGCACCACAUUUAAUAGAAACGAAAGGGUGCAUAGUCAACAUAUCCAGCAUUGAAGGUAAGAAAGCGUCAAUGGGAAAUCACUUACCUUAUUCUGUCAGUAAAGCUGCUUUGGAUCAUUUUACGAGAGGAUCUGCCUUGGAAUUAGCACCAAAAGGAGUCAGAGUUAACACUGUUAGUCCAGGGCCUGUAAAGACAGAUAUUCUAGAAAAUUCCAAGAUUAAUCUGAACUGGGACGAGGUCGCAAAUAUAAUGACUGUUCUAAAAAGAGUCUCUGAACCAGAGGAGAUUGCUGAAUUGAUUCUGUACUUGGCCAGUGAUAAGGCUGUUGGUAUCACUGGGUCAGACUUUUUAACCGACAAUGGUACUCUUUUGGGCCAAUUAAACGGGGAAAUCAAGUAAUUUUAUAAUUUGUAUAAGUAUUUGUUGUUGAAAAUAAAUAAUGUAUUAUGUUAAAAAAUAU